ACUGGAGACUUCCUCAUGAAUGUUUAAAUACCCAACACAUCCCCCAACUGCAAACCAACAAGCAUCUUGACGAAUUAAGCAACCAACCAAUCAAUCAAUUAACUUUCAAUUUCUCUCCUGAGUCUUGCAAUCUUCAAUUCCAAGAAGAUAAAAAAAUGUCUAUGAUUCCAAGCAUCUUUGGUGGCCGACGAAGCAACGUCUUCGAUCCUUUCUCUCUCGACGUUUGGGACCCCUUCAAGGACUUCCCAUUCUCUUCCUCUUCUUCUUCAAGGGAGGCGUCUGCGCUGGUGAACACUCGCGUUGAUUGGAAGGAGACACCGGAAGCCCAUGUGUUCAAGGCGGACCUUCCAGGCAUCAAGAAAGAGGAAGUGAAGGUCGAAAUUGAAGACGAUAGGGUUUUACAGAUCAGCGGAGAGAGGAAUGUGGAGAAGGAGGACAAGAAUGAUAGGUGGCAUCGGGUGGAGCGCAGCGGCGGCAAGUUCAUGAGGAGAUUCCGGCUGCCGGAGAAUGCGAGGACCGAUCAAAUCAAGGCUUCCAUGGAGAAUGGAGUGCUCACAGUUACUGUUCCCAAGGAGGAAGUGAAGAAGCUUGAUGUCAAGUCUGUUGAGAUCUCUGGUUGAAUUUGAAAUUGUAUUUUUAAUCUAUAUACUUGUACCAUUAUAUGUAUGAACGCUGAGGAAAGGUGUUGUAUAAUUUGUAUGUGAUGUGUUUGAUGUAACAAGUGUUAUUUUGAACUAAUGUGAAUUUGAGUCAUUUAUAAGUGUGUUUCUUGAUUUUGGUUCUCUU